AUGCACUCAGGUGCUUCAUGUCUACCAAACAUCAGUCCAGACCAGCAACGUCCUCACGGCCGUCACCUCCGCCAGGCUGGCCACGCUAAGAUCUCGCCCGUUCAACCUUACAGAUCUCUGCACAAGCGUCUCAGACGUUCGGAGUGCCCGUGGCUCCACAUCCUUGGCCCCCCUAACACGCGGGCUGCUGAAGUUUAA